AACAUUUAAUUGUGUAGGGAUGUCAUGUGAAAUCUCUAAUACGUGUAAUGCACGUUUCUUUUGUUAUUGAUAGGCUUUACACGUACCUGCGUAUUCCACGUUAUUCUACGGAUGCCCUCCAUUUAUUUAUAACAUACACUGAUUAUUCAUUUAUUCUCCAUUCAUCUGCGCCACCACCUCCAGCACAGUAGGUGUCAGCCUUCACCUCAAACGUUUGUUUGCGGACCACCAUUAUACCAAAGAAGAAGAAGAAGAAGGAGCGAAGAACUCAGUGCAAACCAAUAAUGUAUAACAUCCUGGAAUGUAAUUCUAUCUAUUGGCCAUUGAGAGUUCACCCCAGUAGGAGCAGUCCUCCACAGGAAUGAAUGGAAUUCUACAGUAUUUCAAUUCAUUGUUUCAAGGACAAAAUGACAUGUAUUUAAGUACUUAUUUUGUAAUGUUGGGGACAGUAACAUUAGCUAUCUCUAAAAAGUAUACUUGUUUUACUUGUAAUGUUUAUAUAUUAGUUUUCAUGUUUUAUUUGUAUGUUAAGCUCACAUAAUAGUAAUGUAAACGUAUGUAUUAAGCUGUAUGUAAUAUAAUGAAUGUGGCAAAAACGAAUGUAGACAUUAAUACAUGCAUAUCUAUAGCUUCCUAAAUGUUUUACAACGUUGGGGGAGUGCCAAGAUGGAGGCACGGUGGCUUCAACACAGCGCCCCCUAAAAGUCAUCUAGUUGUAUACAUAAAUUAUUGGUGCAAACUCAUCCCAAACCCAGCGCAUGCAGUCACAUGAGAACGCGCCAUGGCUUCAGUUACCUCAACCAGUCGCUCAACUCGCUCCUCCCGACGAAGCGGCCCCGGCCCGUCCAGCACCAGCCCAACCCGGCUCUCCCGAAGCCAGGAGAAAGAGGAGCUUAGCCACCUGAACGACCGCCUGGCCGCCUACAUAGAGCGGGUCCGCCAGCUGGAGAAUGACAAGUCCUCAAUGCUGCUUCUCCUGGAGGAGAAAGAGGAGUCCACGACCAGGGAGACGGCCAACGUCCGGCGGCUGUACGAGACCGAGUUGGCCGACGCGAGGAAGAGCUUGGACGUGCUGGCUAACGACAGGGCCCGGCUGCAGAUAGAGAUGGGUCAUCUUUCUGAAGAGCAUAGCAACCUACAAGCCAGGAACCAGAAGAAGGAAGCAGAGUGUAACAUGGCCAUGGGUCAGUGGAGGAACUUGGAGGCGGUCCUCAACUCUAAAGACGCAGAGCUGGCCAAUCAACUGGCAGAUAACAGAAGACAGGCGGAUGACGUCACUGACCUACAGGCCCAGGUGGCCAAUUUGGAGUGUGGGCUGGCGGAGACUAAGACCCAGCUGAACUCUGAGAUGUUGAGGAGGGUGGACCUGGAGAACCAGGUGCAGACGCUACGGGAACAGCUGGAGUUCCAGAGACACAUUGGCGAACAGGAGGUCAGGGAGAUCCGGAGCAGACAUGAGAGUCGCCUGGUGGAGGUGGAUUCUGGAAGACAGAAAGAAUUUGAGAGUAAGUUGGCCGAGGCCAUGCAGCAGCUACGGCAGGAGCACGACGGACAAAUCCAGCAGUAUAAAGAGGAUCUGGAGAAGAAUUUCAAUGCUAAGGAGUGCAUGAUGACGGAAGAGAACAGAGGAGUGAGAGAGAUGCCAGUGCAGAUUAGGGAGAGCUUUGUGCAGCUGAUCAAGCUGGAGAACGCCCAUCAGACGGCGCUGAAGAGUAGUGACUUUGCCUCGUCCACCAGAGAGGAGCUGUCUGCCACCAAGCUCCGCAUCGAGACCCUCUCCUCACAACUCAAUCACUUCCAAAAACAGAACGGGGCCUUAGAGGGGCGUGUGCGGGAGCUGGAGCGGACCCUGGACCGGGAGCGAGAGGUGUGGCAGCAGCGACUGAGCCACAAGGACGAGGAGAUGUCGGCCAUGCGGGCCCAGAUGCAGAGCCAGCUGGAGGACUAUGAGCAGCUGCUGGAUGUCAAGCUGGCCUUGGACAUGGAGAUCAACGCCUACCGCAAGAUGCUGGAGGGAGAGGAGCAGAGACUCCACCUCUCCCCGAGCCCCUCCCAGCAUGGGGCCGUGGCACGCACACACGCACACGGCGCCCGCCGAGUUGUCCGCGGGAAGAAACGCAAGAACGAAGGUGGCACGGGGUCCUCGCCAGCCUACAAGGUCUCGCAGCACGCCCAGGCCCACAGUCACAUGAUGGUGUCGGAGAUAGACCUGAAGGGGAACUACGUCAUGCUGAAGAACAACUCUGAGAAGGAGCAGCCACUAGGGGGCUGGGUGGUGAGGAGCAGUCACCUGGACUCUCCUGAACUGUUCUUCCAGAUCCCCCCUUCCUACAUACUGGCUGGGGGCAACACCCUCACUAUCUGGGGUUCGGAGGCAGGCGUAGAGGCCUCUUCAGGUGACCUGGUCAUGAAGAACCAGAGGAACUGGGGUCCGGUCAACAACGUGAUUGUCACCCUACUGAACCCAGAUGAAGAGGAGACCGCAGAGCUGCGUGUGCAGGAGAGAGGAGAGGAAGACUCCGAUGUAGAGGUUGAUGAAGAGUUUAUGGAAGGGAGUGAUGUUCACUACCUCAGGAGACAGAAAACCUCUAAACACGCUGCUCCUCAGCAGACAGGUAAAUGCUGUACCCAGGCCUGUACCCAGGGGAAACUGAUCAGUACUGUGUUUUUGAUCUCCAUUCCCCUUGAUGGAAAAGCCCAAGAGAAGGAAAAGGAAGUGCUGUCUGGUGUUGUGAACAGCCUGUCUCAUGACAGACUGAUGGAGGCUCCGGGGGGAACAAACGAGAGUUGCUCUGUUAUGUAACUCCACCUUCCUCCUUUCUCAAUUCUGACCUGAGAACGCUGCAUCUGACCCGGGAAUUCCCAGGAAUACCACUGGAAAGGCUACAAUGACAUCCUAUCCCCUACAUAGUGCGUUACUUUGCCAUGAACCACAGUGUGGGCACUGCACAGGGAAGUGGGUGUCAUUUGACACUGGCCAUGUCACCAAUGGUAUUAUUUAUGUGCCCUGUGGGAGCUUGAUGGGGAUUUGGGAGCACUGCUACACAAAUGUGUGUGAUUUCAAUGCAGAUUUUUUUCCUAAACUAAUGCAACAAUUUGACUGGUUGUAUAGUUGCCUGUACCUGGAAAAAUAGUGGGUAGCCCUUUAAAAUGGCAGAUCUGUUAGUGCUGUGUAGUCAACUCCUAUGGUCAUUUGUCUAAACAGCACAGACAGAUCUGGGACCAGGCUUGUAAUUCUUUAAGCAGCGACAUGGCGUUUGUCCUGCUACUCUGGCGUUCCUAACACGUCUCUCCUCCCGCUUGCUGCGAGUGACAUUCAUGUGCCCCUUACUGUCUUUAAUGCCACAUCAUUCAAUUGUCAACGUUUUUAAGAAAAUAUGUUUCAUUUGUCAUACAGUAUGAAUAUGCCUUGACAGACUGUUCCACUUGUAUGGUAUUACAGUAUGUUAGUACUAUAACUAACUGUAAGAUGAAUGUUUUCUGGUGUUUUUACCCUUUAACCUGCAGCACUUUUUGCCAUUGAGAGAGGAGUUCUACACUGAAUAUAUCCAUCAUAUAAUGUGGUCAUGUUUAAUGUUCAUCCUGAAGUAUGUGGACAGGAUGCUUUUCCUGUGUUUCACAGGUACUUUGGUGGCUUUGCAAUAUGGUUUCUUAUUUUAUUUCUGAAACUUUAUUUUCUUUCUAUUUAUAAAACAACUAACUGUAACAUCCUCUGAACGUUCAAUUGACGUCCCAAAACUCAAUGUUGGCUUGUCCUUUAUGCACCAAAAUACUUGUGAUUUCAAUAAAGAUUGUUCCUUAA